AUCGACUCGACGCGCCGGAGACACUGACACACAAGACAUCCAUCCGUCAUCCCUGUCGACCUCCUGUGGACUCGCAGCAGGACGCUUGCAAAAUUGGUAUAUAAAGGCAGGCAUAGGUCGCCCCGCAGUGCUCAGGAAGCAAAAUCCUCACUCAUUAGUUCGCACAGAAUAGACUCCUAUAUUGUGCGCCCGAGAUCAUCGCCUACCGCACUUUCGACACUUCACACGCCAAAAAAACCAAAAAUAUGAGCGCCUGCCGUCGAGUUGUGCUCUUGAGAGCCGUUGUCCCCAAGCCUUCCAUCGCGGGAGCGCUUCGGGCUCAGCCUCUCUCUCGUACCUACUCUGCAGGACCCGCUGCUGGUCAGCCGUCCAGUCCUCCCCCGCCGCCUCCAAGCAACAGCGGCGGCAGCAGCAAAGGCCUUCUCUACGGCCUCGCGCUCGCCGCAGCCGGCGCCGGCGGCUACUACUACUACCAGUCCACCGGAGGCGAUAUCACUGCCGGCGCGAACCCAGAGCGCAAGAACAUCAAGAAGAACAUAUUGAGCCCGGCGGAUUACCAGAAGGUGUACGAGGAUGUGGCCAACAUUCUUGAUUCGAACCCGGAUUACGAUGAUGGGAGCUAUGGGCCGGUGCUUAUUCGGUUGGCGUGGCAUGCGUCAGGGACUUAUGACAAAAACACGGGGUCGGGAGGAUCGAAUGGUGCCACUAUGCGGUUCCCUGUUGAGGGUGAAUGGAGCGCGAAUGCGGGGUUGAAGGUUGCGCGUGACAUCUUGGAACCGAUCAAGAAAAAAUGGGGCGACGCUCUAAGCUACUCUGAUCUCUGGAUCAUUGCCGGAAUCGCCGCCGUACAGGAGCUGGGCGGACCCACCGUAAAGUUCCGUCCCGGUCGCGUCGACUCCUUGAUAGACACAAAGAUCUCGACCGGUUUACCAGAUGCCACCAAAGAGGAUCCCAAGCACAGCCGAGACAUCUUCUACCGCAUGGGGUUCAACGACCAGGAAAUUAUCGCACUCCUAGGCGCCCACUCCUUGGGCCGGUGCCACGCUGACCGCUCCGGUUUCGAUGGACCGUGGACGUUCUCGCCAACGACCUUCAGCAAUGACUACUUUAAGCGUCUUCUGGGUGAGACGUGGGUGGUCAAGAAAUGGAAGGGUCCUAAGCAGUAUGCGGAUAAGGCUACGUCUCAAUUGAUGAUGCUGCCGGCGGAGAUUGUGUACCCCAAGGACAAGGAAUUCAGGAAAUGGGUCGAGACUUACGCGAAGGAUGAGGAAAAGUUCGCUCAAGACUUUGCAAAGGCGUUCGAGAAGCUGACGGAGCUUGGCGUACCAUUUCCGGCAGACACCCCGACCAUCCAAUUCAAGCGUCUCGAGUAGAUCCACGCAUGUACAUGAAACGAAGCGCGUGCUGGCCGCGAAUAUGAGGGUGUUUGGAUCCUGCUUUGUAUAGCCUCGUAUUUUUUUUUUCACAAAUGAAACCUAUACUCGAAAUACAGUGCUGUUCAUAAAGCAAGACCGCAUUUGACAGUGCCGUCAGAGAAACCAUAGCAGCUAGAGGAGGAUUCACUAGAUACAGUACUAAGGCGUAGAUCUAUAUGGA